UUGUUCUUAGUGAUAAAAGUAAGUAAAGUUUUACUGUAAUGUUUUUAUAAUAAUAUAAAUUAUUUAAAUGAUUUUAAAACUUUUUUUUUGUAUUGAUCAUAGUUAAUACGAUUUUUAUUUAAUAUGAGCCUAUUAAGUUGUAUUCGAAGUAAACCUGUUAUGGCUACGUUAAAAACGUAUUGCAGAAUAUAUUUCCUUAAGUCACAGAUUUCAUUUUAUCCAUCUAGUAAAUAUGUGUCAUCAGGUAUGUGGUUGAACAAAUCGCUCAUAACAAAGCGUUCUUUUAUGAAAAAAGUGGGCCUAAAUCCAAUAUAUGAUACCUACCAAAAAAAAGCUGCAAAGGAUAACAUAUCUCCUUCAGAAUAUGAACUCAUUUAUAAUGGAACAGGAGAAAACUAUGUCCGAUGGCUUAGUGGAAUAGUUAUUAGUGCCUUGAUAAUUUUGCCAACGUCCUUUAUUGGAGCAUAUUUUUACAUCUUUUUAACUGAAAAAUCUAUUGAUUUAGAUACAUAUUUUAAAGUUUUAUUAAUACCACAUAGUGCUUUUGAAGUGAGUGUUAUACUUAUAAUCAUGUUUUCACUCAAAUUAGCAUCUUAUAGUUUUAUUUCCAAGUAUGUUUUAAGGAUUUAUAAACAUAGUAUAAAAAACGAAUAUGCUUGUGUUUUCAUUAAUCCCAUUUUACCUUGGAAAAAUAUUACAGUAUUGACUGAUAAUGCUAUUAAAUUACCUAAUGGAUAUAUACCAUUAGUUCCUUGGUAUAAAGAAUAUUACAAACUUGGUGGAUAUAAAUCAAUCAUCUUACGGGAAAGAUUCAGAAGACCUAUUGAUUUGGAUCGAAUGCUCAAUAAAGAAAAAAAAAAUGAUUUUUGAUUAAUAAUUUUAUUAAUUUAUAUUUAUUGUAAUACUUGUGUAACUUAAAUAAAUUUUUUUGUGUUUUAAAAACUA